AUGGUAAAGUUGAUCGAAGAAACUAGCGAAGCCCUGCUCAUUGAUCAGUUCCCAAACUUGCUUUUUCCCAGCCAAUCGCAAAUCGCCACAUUCGUACUCUUGAGGAGGACGAAAAGAAGACAGGAUGACUUCCUCAUGAGUUAUGCCGUUCAGGCUAAAGAAGCUGAUCGCAUGUCGCUCUCAACUUCUCGUGGACGGGAAGAUGGUUGA